AUGUCUUUUUUCAAAAAUCUUUUUAACAAGAAACAAAAAAAUGAUAAAGUUGAUUUUGAACCUAAAAGCAAUGAAAUAUACCAACAAUGGAAAGAUGAGAUGAACUCCCAUUGGAACGAUAUUCCCCAAGAAAACGAAAACUCCUGGGAUAUCGAAGAUCGACCCACCUAUACG